UCGCGAUUAAAAGCCUCUGUCUAUUAGGCCUGGGCCGCUAUUCUACGCCACUGACUGUCGUGCUAGCUUCGUCCCAUCUUCCUUGCUCAGCAGCCCUCGGUGGUGGGUUUAGACCCACAUGGGGUUGACUCACUGUUUUGCAGGUUGCGCUGGGGCCCGCUUACACUUUAUCCACCAACCCAUCGUGAUUAUCGCUCCUCAUCACUAAAGGGUCAUCCGGUAGGGCUAUAACCAUAGGCCCUAGUGUUCGAUCUCUGUUAAAUAACACCUCGCCCCGUGGUGGUAUUAUGCACUUAGUCUCUGGUCAUGGAAAUGAAUAACAAACCUUCAUUGGGGACUAUCACUCCCAAAGCCAUUGACAACGACUACGUCAAACCUCCCUUCAAUAGAAGCUCCACCAGCACAAGGAAAUACGACCAAAAGAAUACCAACCAGCAUGUUGCCAGCCAGCCUCAGGCACAGAAGCAGCAACCCAGAAGAAAGCAGAAGAAAGGCCUCGACCAGGUCGCAUCCCUGAUCGAGAAUCUUCCCAAGCAAACUAAACUGCAUGGUCAUGGCAGAAAGAACCAAAUCUCGAUAAACCACCUUCUUGACUUCCAGUCGUACCGAGACCUGGAGGAGUACCAGCACAAUCAUUCCAGAAGACGUCCCAGUGGCGGUUCUCGUCCUAGAAAUAGAGAUGUCCGUACUCGGAAGGUGCAUUUGUCUGGUAUGUCUUUCAUCAAUGUGAACUACAAAUUUGUGGUCGAUACCCGGAAAGAUUACAAGGAGCAAGCGUUGGACCCUAAUAUCCCUCCGGACACUGAUGACAUCAUCAGAAUCAUAGUACCAAAGGGUAAUGCCUGUCCGAUCUGUCUUUCUGAUGAUCCCAUUGCUCCAAGAAUGAUCAGUUCGUGUGGACAUAUUGUGUGUCUUAAGUGCUUGUUGUCGCUAUUGGAAAGUGAAGUUCCCACCUCCAAGAAAAAGGAAAGUUCAGCAAUUGUCGAAAAGUAUAGAGAAUGUCCUUUGUGUCUUUCGAUCAUCAGAAAGAACGAAGUAAAACCCGUCCUCAUAAACAACAUUGAUGAACGGUUCGAGACACCAAAAAUUGAUGACGAUGUUGUCUUGACAUUGAUGACUAGGCCACUGCACAAGAUAUUGCCAUUGCCACAAGCGAUACAUGAGUAUCACGACGUGGUAGGCAAUUUUCCCAUGGUGAAUCAAACCAACCCUGAUUUCAAUCAAUACCUGAGGAUAUUCAAGGGUGACUUAGACUAUCUUCUCAAGAUGUACGCAACGGAAAAGCAACAGAUUCUCGAGAACUAUGAAGAAGAGAAGCUCGUUUACAAUGAACCAGACACCUAUUUCAAAAUGGCCAUUGCCCAUAUCGAUGCUGAAAUCUCCAAUUGGUCUCACAAAUUAGCCCAGCCCGUUGAUCGAAAAGACAGAAAAAGAGAUGUUGCAGACACAGGUAAAGACAAUAGUUCGACCUUUUACUUUUAUCAAACGGGAUUUAAUUCUAACGCAACUUAUGUUUUGUCUCCGUUAGAUAUAAAAGUUGUCAAGGCAGCUUACCAUAAUAGUUACGAGGAAUUACCAUCAUCCAUAGUGGCUAAGAUCGAGAACAUCCGUUAUGAUGAAUUGAGUCCUGAAACUUCCAUGACCAAGUACAAAUACUUGUCACAUUUGCCUUCCGGAACUCAGUUGGGCUUUUUGGAAUGUAACUGGAAUAAUAACGAGUUCUUGAGCGAUCAAGCUUGGAACACGUUCAAGGAUGAUUUGUCAAAGAGAACGAAAAAUUCCAAGAAGAAACUCAACCGUGAAGAAAGAGACAGAAAAAGGGCACAAGACGAAGAGGAGAAGCGUACCAAAAACUUCUAUGCCCGAGAAAAUGGCACCUUGGGCAACGAAACAGAAGAGUUUUAUGAAAGGGGAAACUUUGGCACUUUAUCUAUUGUGGACCAUCGCGAGUUGCCAGCAUUGCUGUCUGAAGACAGAAGAGAAUCGGCUGGUUCUGCUGAUUCUGAAGCUGGUGAAUAUGUGUCUACUGUUUGGGGCACCAAGAUACCCAAGGCAGAAUUUGUGGACGAUGUCUUCGAAGAUGAGGAUGACUGGGACGCAGAGGAAAUGAUCAGGAAAGCGAAGGAAGAGAUGGAAAGACAAGAAGCAAAGGGUAAAGGUAAAAAGAAAAAGAAAAAGUUGGUUCUCUUGUCUUCGAACACCCACCGCUAAUCGGACGUAUCAGUUCCCUUUAAGGGUUAGCCAAAACAAUUUUAGAUUACACGAAACGAAUGCAUGAACUUUAGCAA